CUGAUGUGCUGGCCCAGGCUCUGGACAGUCUGCGCACCGAGCUGAUGUCUGAGGAGAGCCGAGGCCUCUUCCUCCACUCUGGAGGCGUGUGCGUGCUGCUGUCGAUGCUCCGGACCGGCCGUGGAGGGCUUCACACACCUGUGGACAUCCUCAUGCAGCUGGCUGAACAAUCCCGCUACUUAAAUCCCUUCCUUGAGGCGUGUAGCUGUGAAGAGUUUUUCCGAACGGCCGCCCAGCUUCUCAAAAACCCUCGUCUGGAGCUCCCGACGCUGGAGAAGCUCUCUGUCCUUCUGCAGAAGCUCUCCACCAUCAGGUCGACACACUCAUCUGCAUACUGUAGAUACAACACUCUGAACAUGGGCAUCUUGUCUCUGAUCAUG